GCCAGUCUCACACACGGAUGCUUCUCCUUCACAUUCUCUGGGAAAUUUCCCCCAGAUUAGGAAAAGGACAGGAAGGCAAGUCGGCCACAAAAGGCGAGUUUUCACCAUUCCCCACAAAGGAAAGCAGAGCGCACCUCCACACAAUCGCAACUCCGCUCUCUGGAGCAGAUCUCGACUUCAGCACCACGGAGAGCGGCACCUCCGCCUCGGCCACCCAUGGGGAGCCAGAUCCCGGAGACUCCGUUCAGGAUUCGGGUCAUCUAGAGGAGGGACAAGCCUGCGUAUUCUACUCUCGAUGUUGGGGAGCAACACCUUCAAAAACAUGCAGCGCCGGCACACCACCUUGAGGGAGAAGGGGCGCCGCCAGGCCAUCCGGGGUCCUGCCUACAUGUUCAACGAGAAGGGCACGAGCCUGACCCCUGAGGAGGAGCGCUUCCUGGACUCGGCUGAGUAUGGCAACAUACCAGUGGUCAGAAAAAUGCUGGAGGAAUCCAAGACCCUCAAUUUCAACUGCGUGGACUACAUGGGGCAGAACGCGCUGCAGCUGGCCGUGGGCAACGAGCACUUGGAGGUCACUGAACUGUUGCUGAAGAAAGAGAACUUGGCGCGGGUGGGCGACGCGCUGCUGCUGGCCAUCAGCAAGGGCUAUGUGCGCAUUGUGGAGGCCAUCCUCAGCCAUCCGGCCUUCGCGCAGGGCCAGCGCCUGACGCUCAGCCCGCUGGAGCAGGAGCUGCGGGAUGAUGACUUCUAUGCCUACGACGAGGAUGGCACGCGCUUCUCCCACGACAUCACACCCAUCAUCCUGGCGGCCCACUGCCAGGAGUAUGAGAUUGUGCAUAUCUUGCUGCUCAAGGGUGCGCGCAUUGAGCGGCCCCAUGACUACUUCUGCAAGUGCAAUGAGUGCACGGAGAAGCAGCGCAAGGACUCCUUCAGUCACUCGCGCUCCCGGAUGAAUGCCUACAAAGGACUGGCCAGUGCCGCCUACCUGUCCCUAUCCAGUGAAGACCCUGUCCUCACUGCGCUGGAGCUAAGCAACGAGUUAGCCCGACUGGCCAACAUUGAGACUGAAUUUAAGAAUGAUUACAGGAAGUUAUCUAUGCAAUGCAAGGAUUUUGUGGUGGGCGUGCUGGACCUGUGCCGAGACACAGAAGAGGUGGAAGCAAUUUUAAAUGGCGAUGUGAACUUGCAAGUCUGGUCCGACCACCACCGUCCAAGUCUGAGCCGAAUCAAACUCGCCAUUAAGUACGAAGUCAAGAAGUUCGUUGCUCACCCUAACUGUCAGCAGCAAUUGCUUACCAUGUGGUAUGAAAAUCUCUCAGGCUUACGGCAACAGUCUAUCGCUGUGAAAUUCCUGGCUGUCUUUGGAGUCUCCAUAGGCCUCCCUUUUCUCGCCAUAGCCUAUUGGAUUGCUCCGUGCAGCAAGUUCCACAUAGCCGGCACUCCAAACAGGCUCAUGGCAUGCACAAUGAUCCCGUGUGGGUCCUUCAUGAACCCUUGCAUACAUACCUGCCAAGAGUCAGCCAAGGGGCUGGAGAGAUGGCGCAGUGCUAGGACAAACCCUGAGGAGCCCUUUCAUGAAGUUUGUGGCCCAUGCAGUGUCUUUUACCAUCUUCUUGGGACUGCUAGUUGUGAACGCCUCCGACCGGUUUGAGGGCGUUAAGACUCUGCCCAAUGAGACCUUCACAGACUACCCCAAACAGAUCUUCAGAGUGAAAACCACACAGUUCUCCUGGACGGAGAUGCUCAUCAUGAAGUGGGUCUUAGGAAUGAUCUGGUCCGAAUGCAAGGAGAUCUGGGAGGAGGGGCCGCGGGAGUACGUGCUACACUUGUGGAACCUUCUGGAUUUUGGCAUGCUGUCCAUCUUCGUGGCCUCCUUCACUGCGAGGUUCAUGGCUUUCCUCAAGGCCAGCGAGGCCCAGCUGUACGUGGACCAGUACGUGCAGGAUGUAACGCUGCACAACGUCUCACUUCCACCGGAAGUGGCCUACUUCACCUACGCCAGGGAUAAGUGGUGGCCUUCAGACCCCCAGAUCAUCUCGGAAGGGCUGUACGCCAUUGCGGUUGUCCUCAGCUUCUCCCGGAUCGCCUACAUCCUGCCAGCCAAUGAGAGCUUCGGACCUUUGCAGAUCUCCCUGGGAAGAACUGUGAAAGACAUCUUCAAGUUCAUGGUCAUUUUUAUCAUGGUAUUUGUGGCCUUUAUGAUCGGAAUGUUCAACCUGUACUCCUACUACCGAGGUGCAAAGUACAACCCAGCGUUUACCACAGUUGAAGAAAGCUUUAAAACCUUGUUUUGGUCCAUAUUUGGCUUGUCUGAGGUCAUCUCGGUGGUGCUGAAAUACGACCACAAGUUCAUCGAGAAUAUUGGCUACGUGCUGUAUGGGGUUUAUAAUGUCACCAUGGUGGUUGUACUACUCAACAUGCUGAUAGCCAUGAUCAACAACUCCUAUCAGGAAAUCGAGGAAGACGCGGACGUGGAGUGGAAAUUUGCUCGAGCGAAGCUCUGGCUUUCUUACUUUGAUGAAGGAAGAACUCUCCCUGCUCCCUUUAACCUGGUGCCGAGCCCUAAAUCCUUUUAUUAUCUCAUAAUGAGAAUCAAGAUGUGCCUCAUAGAGCUCUGCCAAUCUAAGGCCAAACGCUGUGAAAACGACCUGGAAAUGGGCAUGCUGAACUCCAAGUUCAGGAAGACUCGCUACCAGGCUGGCAUGAGGAAUUCUGAAAACCUGACAGCCAAUAGCACCUUCAGCAAGCCCACCAGAUACCAGAAGAUCAUGAAGCGGCUCAUAAAGAGAUACGUGCUGAAGGCCCAGGUGGACAGAGAGAACGAUGAAGUCAAUGAAGGUGAACUCAAGGAGAUCAAACAAGACAUCUCAAGCCUUCGCUAUGAGCUCCUGGAGGAGAAGUCUCAGGCUACAGGAGAGCUGGCAGACCUGAUCCAGCAGCUCAGCGAGAAGUUUGGGAAGAAUCUGAACAAAGACCACCUGCGGGUGAACCAGGGCAAGGACAUUUAGGGCCUGACUGCCCGCUUGGCAGGUGUGACUGACGUCUAACAGCAUUCCAAAGCCGGGCCAGGUGUCCCAGUCUCAGCCCCUCUGAGGAGGAGGAACCACUGGCUCUGUCCUGGGCACAUGACUGAUAUCUAUAGCCCAGGAACCGCCUGGAUCCAGGAUUGUGAAACUAAGCCCGUGGGAGGGACAAGCUACCCCAAGGAGGGAAAAAGUGCCAUCAGAUACACGAGACCCUCCUGUCCAGCCUCCGUGGCCAAAGCAGGAAACGGCCAUCUUGGAUGCACAUGUGUGUCCGCCCACUUGACUCAGGACGACAGCUGUGUCCUGGGAAGUCAGCUCUCUGCCCCUGAGUCCCUUCUUAUUCCUCCCCGACACACACACACACACACACACACACACACACACACAACCAGAACCGGGAGGUGACCUGUGACCUACUCUUAAGUGCCAGAUGAGAACCCAGAUAGCCUAAUAGUUAAAUAGUUCUAUUUGUUUAUAUAAAAAAAAAAGUUUAAAAAACACUAAAUCAAAAAUUGUACUGUAGAGAAAAGUUGUCAUUGUUUAGAGAACAACAAAAUCCAAAUAAUGUAUUUUUACCUUUAUUAUCUUGUAUUUACUAUUUUUACCUAAAAUGAGAAGAAAUAAAAUUACCUCAUAAGAGCCUGGGGG